AUGGAUGAGCUGUUAGGCGAAUCUAGAUCUGUCUAUGUGAAGAAUCUGCCUUCUAGUGUUACUAGUCUAGCUAUUCUUCAAGAGUUCAAAAACUUUGGGAAAAUCAAACACGAUGGAUUCUUCUUAAAAAAUCGACAGGAUACUGUUGUUUGCUAUGCAUUCAUUGAGUUUGAAGAUGUGCAGAGUUCUCGGAAUGCUAUCAAGUCGUCUCGUGUUCAAUUGGUUGGAAGGCCAGUUUACAUUGAGGAGAGUACGUCUCCAAAAACUUCCUUUUCCUUGCUAAUGUUUAUCAAUGAGAUAGCUACUGCAAAAAUAUAUUUCAGCUAA